AUGGAAUCCAACAUGCAAAAAGAGGCUGAUCAGUGUUCCAAAAAUGGGGGCAUUGAGGAAGGUGAAGGCAAGGCUUCUACAAAUACAGUGGAAGAUAAAACUAGGAAGGAGGUAAAUGCAGAGGCUACUGAAGAUGGGGAUGAAGAGAAAGGUAGUGAAUCAGUAAAGGAAAAAGAUGAUGAUAAUGAUGUGGGUACAAGUGAUGAGGUGUCCAGCAAAGGAAACAACACAGUGGAAAGGGAGGCAAAUGAUGUAGAAAGAGGUAGUAAUUGCAUUUUAGAUACAGUUGUUAAAGAAUCUGUGUGUGCUAUAGGAAACUCAAACGGUGGGGGCUGUUAUAAUGAGGAGGGGGUGGUACAGGUGAGUAGCUCAAGACAAGUGGUGGAUAGGACAGUUCAAAGGGUAGAUGAUAAGCCUAUGGAUACUAGGCCAAGAUUGGAGCCUGAUUCAACUCUUUAUGAUUAUGUAGCCCAAUUUGUACCUUUGAAUGUAGUGGUAAAUUCAUCCCAAAGGGAGAAAAAAGAGAAAGGUGCUCCAUCAAAGAGGGCUAGAGCUAUCUUAAGAAGCCAAGCUGCUACAAAGGGAAAGGAAGAUGAUCAAUUGGAAUUAAGUGAUUCACCUAUGCAAGGAAGAUCAUUCGCUUGGUGUAAUGCAAUGAAAGGAGACAAGUGGAGUAGGAUUGAUAGGUUUCUAGUUGACCAUGUGUGGCUAGAGAGGUUUCAAUUGAAACAAUGGGGAUUAUCCAGAUGUAUAUCUGAUCACUGCCCAGUUCUGCUAAUGGAGGAUGAAAGGGAUGGAGGUCCAAAACAUUUUUGGUUUAUUAAUGCUUGGGAACUUCAUCCAAAAUUCAAGAUAGAAGUGAAGAAAUCUUGGGAGGAGUCUCAGCUUUUGGGCUGGAAAGCUGAAGAUGAAUUGCAUGAGUGGGAUUUGAAAGCUGAAGUCAGGUCUCUGCUGGAGACAGAAUUGGAAAGAAGAAGAGAGAUUAGAAGUAAAGUGUGGAAGCUCAGUAGAUAUAAGGAGAGGAUAUGGUUACAAAAGUCAAGAUUGACAUGGGCACAUAAUAGUGAUAAAAAUACUCGAUUGUUUCACUUGAUGGCAAGUAGAAGGCAGAGGAAAAACUUAUUAGGCUCAGUGAAGGUGAAUGGUGUUGAGUUUGAAGAUCCAACUAUGAAGUCUAGGCCUAAAUUGUCAGGUCCAUUUUUAUCCAUUAGUCUGACUGAUUCAAAGGAUGUUUUGGAGGCAAAGUUUAGUGAGGCAGAGAUUUGGGUAGCAUUAAAGAUUACGAUGGAGUUUCACAGUAAUGGAAAGAUGGCUAAAGGGGUAAAUAGUUCUUUCAUCACUUUGAUUCCUAAAAAGGAGAACCCCUCUGAUUUGAGUGAAUAUAGACCUAUUAGUUUGGUUAGCUCCGUUUACAAAGUGUUGGCUAAAGUGCUAUGUACAAGGCUAAGACAAGUGCUACCCAAACUUAUAGGAGAAGUUCAAACUGCUUUUCUUGGAGGAAGAUGUAUUCUUGAUGGGGUGUUAAUUGCAAAUGAAGUGGUGGACUGGUGGAGGAAAUCAAAGAAAAAAGGAAUCAUCCUUAAAUCGGACUUCGAGAAGGUUUAUGAUUCAGUAAAUUGGGAGUUCCUAUCAUCAAUGAUGGCGAAUUUUGGUUUUUGUGAGAAAUGGGUGGGGUGGAUUAAGUCAUGUAUUUCUACAUCAAGGAUAUCAGUGCUUGUUAAUAGGUCACCCACUACAGAAUUUUCUUCUCAAAAGGGAUUAAGACAAGGUGAUUUUCUCUCUCCUUUCCUCUUUAAUAUUGUGGCUGAAGGGUUAAACCUUUUACUGGAUAAAGCAAAAGAAAAGUGGCUAAUAAGAGGUGCUUCAGUUGGUCCAAAAGAGUUAAAGAUUUCUCAUUUGCAAUUUGCGGAUGACACAAUCAUUUUUUGCAAAGCUAAAUAG